CUUUCUCCCGCCGCCAGGUAUUUUCUCGUGUAGUACUCCCUUUAGACAAAGGGGGGCGCUCUACGCUCAGCCGUCACACAGAUAGCAGUGACUGAACGGACAGAGCUUUGUGCGGAAAACUAAACCCAACCUGUGUCAGACUAAUGAAUUAAAUCGGCCCACUUCAGAGAGGCCAGCAGAAGACCGUGUGGACUAGACGUCAACAAGCAUGGAGUUCCCGCAACAGCAGAAACCGGUGGGGGACGGGAAGAUUGUCUAUCCACCUGGAGUCAAAGAGAUCACGGACAAACUCAGCAACGAUGAGGUGGUCAAACGGUUGAAGAUGGUGGUGAAGACCUAUAUGGACAUGGAUCAAGAUUCUGAAGAGGAGAAGCAGCAGUAUCUUGGCCUAGCACUCCACCUUGCCUCAGAGUUCUUCCUCAGGAACCCCAAUAAAGAUGUGCGGCUGCUCGUUGCCUGCUGUCUGGCUGACAUCUUCAGGAUCUAUGCCCCUGAGGCCCCUUACACCUCCCAUGACAAACUCAAGGACAUUUUCCUCUUCAUUACUAGACAACUAAAGGGACUGGAAGACACCAAGAGCCCACAGUUCAACAGAUACUUUUACCUUCUGGAGAACCUGGCAUGGGUUAAGUCAUAUAACAUAUGCUUUGAACUGGAGGACUGCAAUGAGAUCUUCACACAGCUUUUCAAAACCCUCUUUUCUGUAAUUAAUAACAGCCAUAAACAGAAGGUACAGAUGCACAUGAUGGACCUGAUGUGCUCCAUCAUCAUGGAGGGAGAUGGAGUCACGCAGGAGCUCUUGGAUAGCAUCCUCAUUAAUCUCAUCCCAGCACACAAAAAUCUGAACAAACAAGCAUAUGAUCUUGCAAAGACUAUCCUGAAGAGGACCGUCCAAACCAUAGAGAUGUGCAUUGCAAAUUUCUUCAACCAGGUUUUAGUGAUGGGAAAGUCCUCUGUCAGCGACCUUUCGGAGCAUGUUUUUGACCUUAUCCAGGAACUCUUUGCCAUCGAUCCUUUGCUGCUUACAUCUGUUAUGCCACAGCUGGAAUUCAAACUCAAGAGCAAUGAUGGGGAAGAGCGUCUGGCUGUUGUACGUUUGCUAGCCAAGUUGUUUGGAGCCAAAGACUCUGAGUUGGCCACACAUAACAGACCGCUGUGGCAGUGCUUCUUAGGACGGUUCAAUGACAUCCAUGUUCCGGUUAGGCUCGAGUGUGUCAAAUUUGCCAGCCACUGCCUCAUGAACCACCCAGACCUGGCCAGAGACCUAACAGAGUUUUUGAAGGUGCGUUCCCAUGACCCAGAGGAAGCCAUUCGUCACGAUGUCAUUGUCACCAUAAUCAAUGCUGGGAAGAAGGACCUUAAUUUGGUCAAUGACCAGCUGUUGGGCUUUGUAAGAGAGAGAACCCUGGACAAGAGGUGGCGGGUACGUAAGGAGGCCAUGAUGGGCCUGGCGCAGCUUUAUAAGAAAUACUGUUUGCACCACGAGGCCGGGAAAGAGUCUGCCCUGAUGAUCAGCUGGAUCAAAGACAAGCUUCUGCACAUCUACUACCAGAACAGCAUUGAUGACAAGUUAUUAGUGGAGAAGAUAUUUGCCCAGUUCAUGGUCCCUCACAGCCUUGAAACAGAAGAAAAAAUGAAGUGUCUCUAUUACCUUUAUGCCUGCUUGGACACAAACGCUGUCAAGGCUUUGAAUGAGAUGUGGAAGUGUCAGAAUAUGCUGAGAGGCCUGGUUAAAGAGCUGCUUGACCUCCACAAGCUGCCGUUGUCUGAGGCCAACAACACUGCCAUGUUUGGGAAGCUGAUGAACAUAGCAAAGAACUUGCCAGAUGCAGGGAAAGCUCAAGAUUUCAUGAAGAGGUUCAAUCAAGUCCUUGGUGAGGAUGAGAAGCUCAGAGCCCAACUGGAGAUGCUAAUCAGUCCGACCUGCUCCUGUAAACAGGCUGAGAUCUGUGUGAGGGAGAUCACUCGCAAGUUAACUUUCCCCAAACAACCGACCAAUCCCUUCUUGGAGAUGGUGAAGUUCCUUCUUGAACGCAUUGCCCCAGUGCACAUCGACUCAGAAGCCAUCAGUGCUCUGGUAAAACUACUUAACAAGUCCAUUGAAGGCACAGCAGAUGAUGAUGAGGAGGGCGUUACCCCUGAUACAGCCAUCCGCUCAGGCCUGGAACUACUCAAGGUCCUGUCGUUCACCCACCCGACAGCGUUCCACUCAUCAGAGACCUACGAAUCACUUCUCCAGUGUCUAAAGAUGGAGGAUGACAAAGUGGCAGAGGCAGCAAUCCAGAUAUUCAGAAACACUGGGCAGAAAAUCGAGACAGAACUGCCACAGAUAAGAUCGACGCUGAUUCCCAUCCUGCAUCAGAAAGCCAAGAGGGGGACACCUCACCAGGCCAAGCAGGCUGUGCACUGUAUCCACUCCAUCUUUAACAACAAGGAAGUCCAGCUGGCUCAGAUAUUUGAGCCUUUGUCACGGAGUUUAAACGCAGACGUCCCCGAACAGCUCAUCACACCCCUUGUGUCAUUGGGCCACAUCUCCAUGCUGGCCCCAGAUCAGUUUGCCUCGCCCAUGAAAUCCAUAGUGGCCAACUUCAUCGUAAAAGACCUGCUUAUGAAUGACAGGUCAGUGGGAAACAAGAAUGGAAAGCUAUGGACCCCUGAUGAUGAAGUUUCACCUGAAGUUCUAGCCAAGGUGCAGGCCAUCAAGCUGCUUGUGCGUUGGUUGCUAGGAAUGAAGAACAACCAAUCCAAAUCGGCAAACUCCACUCUGCGCUUGCUGUCAGCCAUGCUGGUCAGCGAGGGAGACCUCACAGAGCAAAAGAAAAUCAGUAAAUCGGACAUGUCUCGCCUAAGACUGGCAGCAGGUGGCGCAAUUAUGAAGUUGGCCCAGGAGCCCUGUUACCAUGACAUCAUCACACCUGAACAGUUCCAGCUGUGCGGCCUUGUCAUCAAUGAUGAGUGCUAUCAGGUACGUCAGAUCUUUGCUCAGAAGUUGCACUUGGCGCUGGUCAAACUGGCGCUGCCGCUGGAGUACCUGGCCGUCUUCGCCCUGUGUGCCAAGGACCCAGUGAAGGAGCGUCGCGCCCACGCCCGACAGUGCCUCCUCAAGAACAUCUCAGUGCGGAGAGAGUACAUCAAGCAGAACUCGCUCACUCAGGACAAAAUGGUAUCCUUCCUUCCGGAGUAUGUUGUUCCUUUUAUGAUCCACCUUCUGGCUCAUGACCCAGAUUUCACAAAACCGCAGGAAUACGAUAUGCUCAAAGACAUCAAAGAGUGUCUAUGGUUCAUGCUGGAGGUGCUCAUGACCAAGAAUGAGAAUAACAGUCACGCCUUUCUAAGGAAAAUGGUGGAGAAUAUCAAACGGACCAAAGACGCACAAUGUCCUGAAGAUGCAAAAGCCAAUGAGAAGCUGUAUAUCCUCUGUGAUGUUGCACUCUUUGUCAUCGCCAACAAGAGCACCGCGUGUCACCUGGACUGUCCGAACGACCCCGUUCUACCCACCAAGUUCUUCCUCGCGCUCGACAAGGACUUCCAAAAUGAUAAAGAAUAUCUGGCAGCAGACCUGCGACAAAUGCUACUCACAGGAAAGCCUAAACCAGCUCCAGUGUUAGCGACGGUCAACAAACCUCUGACUGUACCAGGCAGGAAGAUCUUGAAGACUCCAGCAGUCUCUGUAGUUACCAGCAGUAAUACCAGCACCAACUCCUCGCCACUAAACUCGUCCACCGUCAACAACAGCAAGAGCAUCACAGCCACAGAAGCGGCCGAGAGCCGAACGCAAGAAAACAAUGAGAACCCAGUCAUCAAGACUGAAGAUGUGAAAGUGGAGAAGGAGCCCAGUAAGAAUGUGACCCCCAAUGCCGGGACGGAUACGCAGCCCGCGAAACGACGUGGUCGGCCACCCAAAACGCCGACCACUACUACUCCUGCGGCAGCGAGCACAGGUGGGGGCGGUGGACGAGGUAGAAAGAGAGCAGCAGACACCAACACCAACCCCUCCGCAGAGUCGGCCAAGGUGUCAAAGCAGCAGAACGACGAGGGGACAAAUCGACAGAUUGACCUGCAGAGGUAAAGGGGUGGAGCCACAGCUGUACUAAAAGGGCCAGAAUUCAACCCAUCAUUCAUGUUCCUCUCCUGGACACUUAUGGACCUUUUCUUAAAUCACGUGUAUGUUUUACUUUGACCAACACAACCUUGCAACCUGGAAGGUUUGUAAACACUCUGUAGUUAUGAUCUGAAGCUCAUUGUAUGUAGGUCUUAAUUUUCUUCCCACCCCUUUUUUUUUGGUUGUGUCACACUCUGCUGCUUUUGUGGAGGCAUUUUUAAGAAAAGAAAAAAAAAUCUUGGGACGUUUUACAAAAAUUUUAAUCUGGUAUGAUUAUUGCUUAUUAAAUUCCCUGGUAAAACUCCUUCUGUAUGACUCCUUCCUGAAUAUUCUUCCUACUACCGGCUCUAACACUUUGUAAAUACUAAUCCACAGCUUUAAAUACACUAAUUCAAAAGCAAUGCACUUCAUGGCUCUGGUGUUGUGCAUGAAAUCCAUACAUCAUUUUCUCAACUUUUAAGAAUCUUUGCUAUAAUACAAUGUCUUCUUCGCUGCUUUAAUCUUGAACUUUUUGUGUUACAAGACAUCAUUUUUUCUGAUGGACCAAAUGACAAGAAACCUGCGGGAAGGCACGCUGGAGAAAACACCUUUUUCAUAGGAUUUUGUUUUUACUGCCCAAGUAUGUGAUUGACUUCACCCUGGAGUGCAUAAAUGGUGUACUACCAUGAAAGUAUUUUUCAGUAUUUGUCCUGUUUUAUAAUUAAAUGUAGUUUGUA